AUGUCAGGUCGAGGAAAAACAGCCGGAAGUGGUAAAGCUCGUGCCAAAGCCAAAACUCGAUCAUCUCGCGCUGGUCUACAAUUUCCUGUUGGUAGAAUCCAUCGUCUUCUCCGUCGUGGCAAUUAUGCGGAAAGAGUUGGAGCUGGUGCACCGGUCUAUUUAUCGGCCGUUUUGGAAUACUUAUCCGCUGAAAUUCUUGAAUUGGCUGGCAACGCUGCUCGUGACAACAAAAAGACACGUAUCAUUCCUCGUCACUUACAGCUGGCCAUUCGAAAUGAUGAAGAAUUGAACAAAUUAUUGUCAGGCGUUACAAUUGCUCAAGGUGGUGUUUUACCGAAUAUUCAAGCAAUACUUUUACCAAAGAAAACUGGCACUGAAACAUCCGGUACACCGCGUGAUGUAACAACGUCGGGAAGUGCACAUCCAAAAAAAUCAUCGAAAGCUGAUAAAUCCGAAGGAAAGUCAUCUGGCGGUGCAGCAGCUAAAGGCAGUGCAGCGGAAAAAGCAUAA